CCUCCUUUCUCCCACUCUCGAAUUCUGUCACCUGCAACGAUGCAGAUCUUCGUGAAGACCCUCACGGGCAAGACUAUCACGCUCGAAGUCGAGAGCAGUGAUACCAUCGACAAUGUGAAGACCAAGAUUCAGGAUAAGGAGGGAAUUCCCCCGGACCAGCAGCGUCUGAUCUUCGCUGGAAAGCAGCUCGAGGAUGGCCGCACCUUGGCUGACUACAACAUCCAGAAAGAGUCUACCCUCCACCUUGUUCUGCGUCUACGAGGAGGAAUUAUUGAGCCCUCGCUCAUGGCUCUUGCCAGGAAGUACAACCAGGACAAGAUGAUCUGCCGCAAAUGCUACGCUCGUCUACACCCUAGGGCUGUCAACUGCAGGAAGAAGAAGUGUGGACACUCUAACCAGUUGCGACCAAAGAAGAAAAUCAAGUAGACCAUCUUUCAUCUGGUUUGGGAGCAUGCCAUCAAUUUUGUCCACGAAAUUCUGGAGUGUUUCUAAUUGUUCAAUAAAGAGACUUUAUUAUGAAUCAAGACUUCUCCACUAUCGACA